GUUGUCGGAAAGUUGCGCGGUGUGGGCGAGUCCUCGGGGAAGGUUCUGUGGUCCCGGGCUCGCCCGCGGUCGCCGCUGCAGCCAUGGCGGCUUCCACCGCGGCCGGGAAGCAAAGGAUCCCCAAAGUGGCCAAGGUGAAAAACAAAGCCCCAGCUGAAGUACAGAUCACUGCGGAGCAACUGCUAAGAGAAGCUAAGGAGAGAGAACUUGAGCUUCUUCCACCUCCCCCUCAACAGAAGAUCACAGAUGAAGAGGAGUUAAAUGAUUACAAACUACGGAAGAGGAAGACUUUCGAAGAUAACAUAAGAAAAAACAGGACUGUGAUUAGUAACUGGAUAAAAUAUGCACAAUGGGAAGAGAGUCUAAAGGAGAUUCAGAGGGCUCGAUCCAUAUAUGAACGCGCCUUGGAUGUGGACUACCGAAAUAUUACACUAUGGCUGAAAUAUGCCGAAAUGGAAAUGAAGAAUCGCCAGGUCAACCACGCCCGGAAUAUCUGGGACCGAGCCAUAACAACUCUGCCUCGAGUCAACCAGUUCUGGUACAAGUACACGUACAUGGAGGAGAUGCUCGGGAACGUCGCUGGUGCCCGGCAGGUUUUCGAGCGCUGGAUGGAGUGGCGGCCCGAGGAGCAGGCCUGGCAUUCGUACAUCAACUUCGAGCUGAGAUACAAGGAGGUGGACCGGGCCCGCACCAUCUAUGAGCGCUUUGUUCUCGUGCACCCUGAUGUGAAGAACUGGAUUAAGUAUGCCCGCUUUGAAGAAAAGCAUGGUUACUUCGCCCACGCACGGAAAGUGUAUGAGAGGGCUGUCGAGUUCUUCGGGGACGAACACAUGGACGAACACCUUUAUGUUGCCUUUGCCAAAUUUGAGGAAAAUCAGAAAGAAUUUGAGAGGGUACGAGUGAUCUACAAGUAUGCCCUGGAUAGAAUUUCGAAACAGGAGGCCCAGGAACUCUUUAAAAAUUAUACCAUCUUCGAGAAGAAGUUUGGUGACAGGCGGGGCAUCGAAGACAUCAUCGUGAGCAAACGGAGGUUCCAGUAUGAGGAGGAGGUGAAGGCUAACCCGCACAACUACGACGCGUGGUUCGAUUACCUGCGCUUGGUGGAGAGUGACGCGGAGGCCGAGACGGUGCGGGAAGUGUACGAGCGCGCCAUCGCCAACGUGCCGCCCGUGCAGGAGAAGAGGCACUGGAAGCGCUACAUCUACUUGUGGAUCAACUACGCCCUCUAUGAGGAGCUAGAGGCCAAGGAUCCCGAGAGGACAAGACAGGUUUACCAAGCCUCUUUGGAACUCAUUCCUCAUAAAAAGUUCACAUUUGCCAAAAUGUGGUUACUAUAUGCACAGUUUGAAAUAAGACAGAAAAAUUUACCAUUUGCCAGAAGAGCUUUGGGAACGUCCAUAGGCAAAUGUCCAAAGAACAAAUUAUUUAAAGGUUACAUAGAACUGGAGCUGCAGCUUCGAGAAUUUGACAGAUGCCGGAAGCUUUAUGAAAAGUUCCUGGAAUUUGGGCCAGAAAACUGUACCUCUUGGAUUAAAUUUGCAGAAUUAGAGACAAUCCUUGGCGAUAUUGAGCGAGCCCGGGCGAUCUACGAGUUAGCCAUUAGUCAGCCACGCUUGGACAUGCCAGAGGUGCUUUGGAAAUCAUAUAUUGAUUUUGAAAUUGAGCAGGAAGAAACUGAAAGAACACGAAAUCUUUACCGAAGAUUGCUUCAGCGGACACAGCACGUCAAGGUAUGGAUCAGUUUUGCACAGUUUGAGUUGUCUUCAGGGAAAGAAGGAAGUUUGGCCAAGUGCAGACAAAUUUAUGAAGAGGCUAACAAAACCAUGCGAAACUGUGAGGAAAAGGAAGAGAGGCUCAUGCUGCUGGAGUCGUGGCGAAGCUUUGAGGAUGAAUUUGGAACAGCGUCGGAUAAGGAGAGAGUGGACAAGCUCAUGCCCGAGAAGGUCAAGAAGAGGAGAAAGGUCCAGGCUGACGACGGGUCGGAUGCAGGCUGGGAAGAAUACUAUGAUUACAUCUUUCCGGAAGAUGCAGCCAACCAACCCAAUCUCAAGCUCCUGGCCAUGGCCAAACUGUGGAAGAAGCAGCAGCAGGAGAAGGAGGCUGGAGAGCAGGACCCAGACGGAGACGCUGCUGAGCGAGAAGCUGGGCCCUCCUGUUCGUAUUGACAGAUGUUAUAUUAUUUUUAUAAAUGUAUAGUUUGGAAUUCUUGUGACUCCUGUAAGUUUUUGGGUAUUCCACCAGUGAUGAAUUGAUGGGGAUCUUUUGACAACUACUUUUGAAUUAUUUUUAAAAUGCUCU